CAGGUCCUGCAGUGAUACCCAUGCUGCUUUCUCCUGCACUCCUGGCCUCCUGAAGAUGCCCAGGAGAAGAGCUCUUCCCCUCUGGUCACUGGUGGUGCUGCUGCAGUUGGUGGGCUGCCUCCUCAGUCCCUGUUUGGAGGUCAUCCCUACCAAAGCUUUCAGAUGCAUGGGGCAGAAUAUCUCUGGAGUCCCCUCUGAAGUCCCAAACACUACCCAGAACUUGGAUCUCAGUUUCAGCAAUCUGAAAUCACUGAGGUCAAAGUAUUUUGCAUCGGUCCCUGAACUGGAGCUUCUGGAUCUUACAAGGUGCUACCUCCAGACAAUAGAAGAUAACUCCUUUAAGGAUCUUCAUAAACUUUCCACCUUAAUUCUAACUGCCAAUCCCCUCCAGGACCUGGGGCCAGCAGCCUUCUAUGGCUUAUCAUCUCUAAAAAAGCUAGUGCUGGUGGAAAACAACAUCACCUCUCUGACUGACCUGCCCAUUGGACACUUGCAUACCCUGCAGGAGCUGAAUUUGGGUCACAACAACAUUGCUUCAUUGAAGCUUCCCAAGUAUUUCACCAACCUGACCUCUCUCAGCCACCUGAGCUUUUUGUCUAACAAGAUCACAUAUAUCUCCAGAGGAGACCUUGAUGCCCUGAAGGAAGUGAACAGACUCAACCUCACACUGGUGCUUUCCUUGAAUUACAUCAAGUGCAUAGAGCCAGGGUCCUUUGCAAAGAUUCACCUUGGUGAGCUGGUUCUAAGGUCUUCUUUUGAGAACUUCAGUGUGAUGCACUCUUCUCUUCAAGGGCUCAUUGGUUUACAGGUCAGCAGACUGAUAGUUGGAGAAUUCAGUGACAAACAGAGACUCGUGGACUUUCAGAACGGGCUCCUGAGUGGACUGUGCCAGGUACGAGUGCAAGAGUUUGUCUUAAUCUCUUUCAGGAGGUUUGAGAAUAACACAGACACUCUUUUUAACUGCAUAGGCAAUGUCUCCAGCAUCCGCUUGGUGGACCUCCAGCUUGAGGAGAUAUCAGAGGUCCCUAUGUUCUCGCAAGUGAAGCAGCUGGAAUGCAAGAAAUGCAAGUUUAAGGAAGUGCCUGCCAUGAAGCUGUCUCUUUUUAAGGAGCUGAGAGUGCUUCGUAUUAUCAAAAGCAAACACCUCAAUAGCUUCCGGGAGACAUUUGAGGACCUGAGUAACCUGGAGGUGCUAGAUUUGAGUGAGAACCGCCUCUCCUUCACUCUCUGCUGUUCUCCUAAGUUCCACAACUGUCCCAACUUGAAACACUUGAACCUCAGCUUCAAUGCUGACAUCAGCGUGACUGGAGAUUUCACUAACGUGAAGAACUUGCUGUACUUGGACCUUCAGCACACAAAGUUAUUUGGUCCUGGCUCCUACCCUGUCUUUCUAUCCCUUCAGAAACUCAUUUACCUUGAUAUUUCCCAUACCAGAACUCACGUUAAAUCCCAGUGUACAUUCUGUGGCCUGAACUCCUUGCGAGUGCUGAAGAUGUCAGGCAACUCCUUUGAGAACAACAAACUAGCCAACAACUUCAAAAACCUGAGCCACCUCCACACCUUGGACAUUUCAGGGUGUAAAUUAGUACACGUGGACCAAAGUACAUUCGAUGCCCUCUCUGAACUAAAAGAGCUAAACAUCAGCAACAAUAAGCUACUGAGCUUUGAUCCUGUUGUCUACAAGCCCCUCCAAGCCCUCACAGCCCUGGAUUUCAGCAACAACCAGCUGAGUGUUCUCUUGGACUCAGCCCUGGAAAUCCUGCCUGAUAGUUUAGUCCUGUUGGACGUCUCUCAAAACCUCUUUGAGUGCUCUUGUGUGCACCAGAACUUCCUGAAAUGGACCGAGGAAAAGCAGGAGCUGCUGCGGAACAAGGAGUCCAUGAUAUGCCACACGCCUGCAUAUGUGAAGAACAUGACCCUGUCAAGCUUUUAUCCGUCCUCCUGCCAGCUCAGUGUGAGCACAGUGGCAUCCUCAGUGAUCAUGUUGCUUGCUGCAAUAGUGUUCCUCUUCCUGAUUUACAAGUACUACUUCCAGCUCUACUACUCAUUGCUGCUGCUCAGUGGGUGUAAACACUCUGCAGAAAGAGGUGACACCUAUGAUGCAUUCGUUAUCCACUCCAGCAAAGACCAAGAAUGGGUAAUCAAAGAGCUGGUGGAACCCUUAGAAGGAGGAACACCUCCCUUCCAUCUUUGUCUUUACUACAGGGAUUUCCUACCGGGGGUACCCAUUGUCACCAAUAUCAUCCAAGAAGGUUUCCUGAGUAGCAGAAAUGUCAUUGCAGUCAUCUCUACUGACUUCCUGGAAAGUAAGUGGUGUAGCUUUGAGUUUGACAUUGCCCAGUCCUGGCAACUGGUUGAAGGAAAGGCUGGAAUCAUCAUGAUUGUACUAGAAGAAGUGAAUAAGGCCUUGCUAAGGCAGAGGCUGGGGCUGUCCCGAUACCUGAGGAGGAACACCUACCUGGAGUGGAAAAACAAGGACAUAAGCAGGCACAUCUUCUGGAGGCAGCUGACAGGACUCCUGCUAGAAGGCAAAAAAUGGAAUCACGAGCAGGUAAAGCUCAUGUGAAGAGGAAGGGAGAUCAUUUCUGUCUCCCAUCCUGGCCUUGGCUGAUGGCUGGUGCUCAGAAGAUGGUUCUUCUGUGGCUGUUCAGAGUUCACUUGGAGCAAGUGGAUGGAGGCACUGUGAAAGCACUACAGAAAUACCUGCCGUGCUGGUCAUCCUUUCUCAAGGGAACUUGAGAGCUAAGGACUGACAACGGUUGGAAGAGGUGGACAUGCCUGAGCUCCAUGCUUGUCUGUAGCUGUCAGCCAAAGCUGGUCCAGCAAUCCACACAGGUCUGAUGGGCUGGUGAAUGGAUGGACUGCUCUUACUGUCUUUUGUCUGUCUCCGAAACUGGGUUUGGGUCCUGGGGCCAUUUACAGGUGGAACUUCAGGGUCUGUUGUUUUGAGUGGACCCCACGAUCUCAGGGGAGAGCAAAGAUACAAGAUGCUUGGCUCUAAAAAUGACAGGGAACAGAAAAAAGGUUUAAAUCCUGAAAGUCUUGGGUCUGCCUCCUUUGGCACCAUGACCAAGGGGAAAACCCUCACAGAAGGAAAUGGGGUGUCCUACAGGCACCGACCAGCUGACAGCUCCUCAGUGAUGCAGAGCAGCUAUGGCAUCAGUGAGGGGAAGUUGCUCUUGGUGGUAAAAUUCCCCCAACAGGUUUAUUUCUGUUUUCUUUAAACCAAGACCAAAUGUUGAAACCCUCAAAUAUUUCCGUCACCUGGAGCUCUUAUUUAUAUCCAGAUCUUACAGUAUUUCAGAGAGUGAUUUGAGGUUUUCUCAUGGGAUCAAAAAAUCAGUGGGGCCGGAAGAAGCAGUAGAAAUGCUUCAAAAUCAAGACAUUUCUUUGCUCCAACUGCUUCUCCUCAUCCAGUGUUUCUGGAUAUACUGUGUGGGGCUGCCCUAUACAAGCAAGGUUGAACCUAAGCAAAGUGGUUUGAUGUUUACAGCCAACCAGUUUUAGAAUAAGCUUUUCCACUCUCUGGACCAGCUUUAAAUCACUGUUGGAAGGAGCUGUAGGAGGCUGCACCCCAUGGGUUGAAAUGGACUUUAGGUAUGUUCAGACCCUGUCAUGAGGCUGAGAGUCCCUCUUCCUUCCUCCCCAUCAUGCUGUGGUCCUGGCGGGCAUCUCAGCAUGUGUGGCCAGCCCUUCCCUGAGCUGCUGCCUUGCACAGGACAGUCACUAGAUGGGAGAGAUGUGCCUUUGUUUCACUGAGAACGUGCCUGACAUUUCCCAGGGAGAAGAGAUAGAGGAGAAAAGCCUGGCUUAGCUAAACUAAAUGUAGCCCAGCACUGCCCCGAAUAAAGGGAAGGCAAGUCUAAAUGCCAUUGAAUCAUAUUACAGAGCACUCCAUUGAUGUGUGGAAUAUUGAAUAGUGUUGGAGUAUUGCUCUCUAUUUACAAAAGGCUUUGCUUGGGAUUAAUCACUGAAUUACUCUAGUUUUAAACUUGCAAAUCCUUCUAUAAUCAAUGAUGUUCCACAGAGAUAAAACAGAAGCAAUUGAGUGCUGAAUCAGAUCUGAUAUUUAUUCAGAAGGAAGGGCCUGAUCCAUCUCACUUUUCAAAGCACCAGUCAGCGACAUCUCCCUGGAAGACAGUGAUGGGUGAGAUCAACAUCAGACGCUGUUGGAGAAAGAGGGAGAACUGGUUCCAGGGCUGGUGCUGUCAAAAGCUGAAUUACGGUUCCCUCUGUGCUGUGUCAGAUAACACUACCAAAUACCCCACAGCCCUCUUUAAGGUUUCUAGUGACCCAUGUGAUGAAGCUUUAGUAAAACUAAGCUUGAUGCUGCAUUCAGUCACAGUGAGUUUGUUUUGCAUCUGCUAAGCCACGUUGCAGCAAUUCCCAAGGUGCACUGAUGCUCCUGAGAUUGACAGGUCCUGAGCACUGCAUCUUGUCAGCAUCACCAUCAUCCCCCCUCCUCACCCAGAAGCAGAGGUUGCUGGAGCUCGGGAAGGGAUGCAGUAAACCAGGGCACAGCUCAAGAUUCCCUGGAUUGAGGCCAAAGGAGGACAAAGCAAAUAUUGGCCUGGAUUUCAGCAGCUAUGAGUUAAAUUGGAAAACAAAAGAAGUAAAAUGAAAUGGGGUGGGAGUUCCUGCUCCUGAAUUGAGCAGUACUGAAGAUGCAGUUCUCCCUCACUCUUUCUCUCUGUAAACAAUUCAGUGUAUAUGUAUUUAUGGCACAAAGGACAGAGUGCUGUGCUGCUUGAUUGUAAUUAUAAUAAUGAGUUUCAGAAAGCCUGCAAGUGGCUCUGGGCAUUAUAAUAAGGGUUUAAGGCAGUAUUGUUUAAAAAGAGAGUGUUUGUUGAAUAACAAAAGCAACUUUAAGAGGAGAGAUGGGAUGAUGCUGAAAGGAGGAGGCCAUUACCCUGGCAGUACCCCUCUUCUAUCCGUUGCGCUUUAUGAGUCUAGGAGGGAAAGGCUGUGUGAACAAGCGUAUUUUCACCCUUUACCCAGCAGAGAAAAAGCAGAUUUGGUUUUGGAAGACUCAAAACAGCUUUCCCUAUUACUAUAAAUGGGGAAAACAUUGUACUUCAGAAACACAUACCUAUUUGCCUUCAUUACAGAACCAAAUUUCCAAAGGAAAACUCUCAAUGUUCUCUGUCCUGUGUUCAGCUGUAACACUGGCUUAAACCACCACAUUCUCAUGUUCCCAAACAUGUUGGCAUAUAUUGUUAUUUGAAAGUGCUCCCUGUGAACAGGUAGGUUUGAUAUUCAUCAUUUAGAUGAAUAAAUGAGCAGCCACCAAGCAUCCGUGCAGGUCUGCAUUCAUCUUUUAUGUAAAUAGCUGACCACGUUCCAGGUAUCAAAGCAUCUGCUGUACCCGGGUCAUAAACCCAGAUGGAGACGAAGCUCCAAAGGGAUGCUGCAGCACAGCUAUUUAAUUUCAUCUGUAAUGGGAAUGUGCCCUGAUUUCACUAUGUGCUUAAUUUGACAGUGUAGCUGAAGCUCUGGUCUUGCAUCGGUCUUACAUCAGGUCACUGUGAUGACCCAUGUGCUGGUAUCAUCACCAAGAUGUGGGUUGUAAGGAGGGCUCUGAAGGGAGCAAGCUUUCAAUAGCAUGAUUGCAUUUGUGGCCUCAGACACAGGCAUUAAGGCAUUUGCAUCGAUGCCUGCCUGCAUCUGCCUGGCUGCAGCAGCCUAGAUGCUCCCUCAGCCUCCCCAAGUACCAGCACAGGCUUCCAGUGUCAGUUAAAACCCAACAGAACAAGAAAUAGCAGCUGGUUUCUCUGGCCCAACUGCUACUUGACAGGAAUAGGUUGAAACUUUCCUGGAAGAGUGUUUGUCCUUUGGGAAAUGCUCUUUUGUAAGUGGUUUCUGUAAUUUAAUGAGGUAGCAGAGUGAAUAUAAGGAAUAGAUAUUGUCAUAGCAGGGUUUCUGCUUUAGUCUGUCAUGGGCUUGUAAUCUUGGAACAAGCCCUUUGUGUGGAAACAGUGAUUUUUUUGCACUAUUUUGAAGGGGUUGGAAUAAAAGGAGUUCAACUAAAAGUUAAAUUGCUCCACAGCAUCAUUUAAACCAGUGUUUGUUCAGGCUUAUGCUGUUGUUUCUCUUUUCAUUGUGAAAUCCCUUUCUAUUUAUUAAACUUGACCAGCCUCCCAAAACCAAACCAGAAUGUACUAAUGUUCCAACCCACCCAGAUUUAAAAACACAACUUUUAUGGGAAAACUCAUGAUUCUUCAUUAUUGUGCCUUUAUGAAAAACAGAACUGUUACAAAAUGCAAAUUCCAUGACCCUCUGAAAGGCAAAACUUCACCUGCCUGUAUCCAUGUGCUUCAGGAGUAAAAACCACUGAAGAAUGCCCGGAAUGAACUUCACUAAGUGCCUUUUACACAACUCCUUGAGUAGGUGCAGUUGAUCAAUACGAGCAGCCUGAGACUGAAAGCAGUGGAACCUGGUAGGAAAGAAGCAAUUCCUUAACACAUUGUUCUUUGCUGUCGCAGCUCAGGCUGAGAAUUGGGACGAAUGACAGCAAAGCAUGAAGAAGAGCCCAUCUGCCUGUAGCACUCACCUUCCUCAGCUUCAAGGGCAUGUAGAGGGCAAAGUCAAUAAUCCACCAGCCUGAGAGACACACGUUGCAUAAAUGAGGACAGCUCUGGGAAGAGCCUUGGAAAUCAAGGAAAAGGCAUGAAAAUAAAUAGGGAAGAGAUUGGUGCGGGAUCUCAGGACAAGUGGCCACCAUUCCUCAGCUGCCAAAGGUCCUUGGUCCCAGGGUUUCCAGCAUGAACAGCCUGAAGCACCUACAGGUUUGGGUAUGAGUCUGUCAGUGCUUCCUUUUUGCAUAAGGGUGAAAAGAAACUGGUUUGAAAACAGUA